AUGAAAUGGAAUAAUUCUGAAUUAAAUCUUGCAUUAGCAGAGUUUCCGCUCUACGGAACAGAAUCACCACAUGUUUUAGUUUUAAUAUCCAAGACAAACCAAAAUAGCGCUGCCCCAAUUGACACCAGUGUAAAGGUGAGCUCCCACCAAGCUCCUGAAGAUGCAAUAACCUUUGACGAGUUUGUGGAUAGAAAGUUCUCUGCAAAGUCCUUUAAUGGAUCCUGGUGGUCCGAGGAGGAACUACAAUGGUCUGAUCAGAAUGGAAAUCUGGUUGCCUGGAAUUUUAACACCAAUGAAACUUCUAUUAUUGUUUCAAAUGAAAUGCUUGCAUCUGUCUCCAAAGGCACUAAGUUCAUGGGAUUUUCUGGUGACAACACUAUGAUAUUAUUUGCAUAUGAAAUAAAAUCUGUCUGGAGACAUAGUUUUACAGCAAGAUAUUUAGUGCUUGAUACAACUACAAACAAGACCACAGAAAUCCUAGCUCCUGAUGGUGGAAAUACCCUUCAAUACUGUGACUGGAUUGAUCAAGGAGAAUUUGAAAGUGCACUGAUUUAUGUAUAUCAAAAUAAUCUUUACUUCAGGAACAAUGCGAUUGAAGAGGAUGAUAUUGCUAUUACUGACGAUGGAGUUAUUGAUAAUGUUUUCAAUGGAAUUCCAGAUUGGGUUUACGAAGAAGAGGUCCUAGCUUCAAAUGAUGCUCACUAUAUAAGCCCUGAUGGCUACAAAAUAGCCUUUGCUCAAUUUAAUGACACACUGGUGAAGGAUUUCAAAUAUCCAAACUAUGGAGAUCCCAGUGAUGUUAUCAAUGCUCAAUACCCAACAUACAAAACUGUGCGUUAUCCAAAAAGCGGGGAAACCAAUCCCAUUGCAAAAUUGUUUGUUCGGCAAUUUUCAGAAGAGAAGAAUAAAGAUGUGAUUCCUCCACAGAAAGUAAUAGACUGGCAAAAGUACAUCUUUACUGAUGUGAAUUGGAUAACAGAAAACAAAUUAAGUGUUGUAUGGAUGAACAGAAUUCAAAAUGAAUCAGUUCUUUGUAUCUGUGAAGAAGAAGCAGUUUCAUGGGAGUGUUCAAUUCUUAAUUCAGUAAAUCAAGAAAAUGGUUGGCUUGAGCCCGGAACACCAUUUGUAUCAGAUCUUACAGGAACAGCUGUAAUCACAAUUCAGUCAACACUACAGAAUGAUAAUAGACACUAUCCCCAUGUUGUCAAGAUAAUGAUGGAUGGAACAGUUGUUCCACUGACCCAAGGCUAUCUUGUUGUGACUGAUAUAUUGGACUGGGAUGAGGAUGAAAUGGCCAUUUAUUUCAUGGGAACAGAUGACCGUAGUCCAGGUUCUAGACAUCUCUACUCAGUGGAUGAACAUGGAAAUGGGUUUUUGACUUGUUUAACGUGCAAUCUUAAGAGCUUGGCAGGGGGUGUCUGCGACUACAAUGAAGUUUCCCUAAACUUUGAGAGUACCCACUUUGUUCAUAUUUGCAGGGGAAAGGACAUACCUGAAGUAACAUUAAGAAACCUGCCUGAUUGUGAUAUUAUUUACAAAUUAGAAGAAAACAAACCACUAAGAGAAGCUCUUCAAAAUAAAACUUUGCCAACAAGAAUUGACACAACAUUCAAUGUUGAGGGAAAUUUUACUGCACCAGUAAAGAUAUCUCUGCCUCCACAUAUGGUUCCUGGUGAGAAAUAUCCCAUGAUUGUUUAUGUUUAUGGAGGUCCUGGUUCACAAAUGGUUGAUAAAAGGUGGAACAUAGGUUGGGGCGAAUAUCUUGCCACAAGCAGAAAUAUCAUUUAUGUCAGCAUUGAUGGACGAGGAACAGGAUUCCAAAGUGACGAGCAUAAGUUCCAAGUUUACAGAAAUCUAGGAACAGUGGAGAUGGUUGAUCAGAUAGCUGUUGCCAAGAAGCUGGCAGAAACAUAUGACUAUAUUGAUCCAAGUAAAGUAGCCAUUUGGGGCUGGUCAUAUGGAGGAUUUGCUACAGCCAUGACAUUGGAGCAGGAUGUUGGACCUUCUCCAGUAUUUUCUUGUGGAAUUUCAGUUGCUCCUGUAACUAGUUGGCUCCUGUAUGAUAGUAUAUACACAGAGCGCUAUAUGGCUCUUCCUUCGGAGAACAUGAAUGGAUACAAUAAUAGUGUCAUUAAUGGGAUUGAUAACUUGAAAACCAAGAAGUGGAUGCUUAACCAUGGCGUGGCAGAUGACAAUGUUCACUUCCAGCAGACAAUGUUACUUACCAGGGCUCUAGAGAUAAAAGAUAUUCAAUUUGAGCAACACUCUUACCCAGAUGAGAAUCACAGUUUAGGAGGGGUUUCCAGGUUUCUUUAUCAUGCAAUGAAUGAUUUCUGGACCCGAUGCUUCAAUCUCUGAAUCAUUUUUGUGAUAUUAAUAAUGCACUCCAAUACUACUAAUUGUUCCAAGCUCAAAAUAAUGAAAAUAAAGUUAUUACUACUCUGAAAAAA